AUGUUCUCGAUCGCAACAGCACCCGCCAAGCAAUCUGCCACGGACACCAUCUCCGUUCUAAGUGGCCGAUUAGGCUCUGCGACCCUGUUGGAAGAUCGCCGGGCAGCAAUUCUAGGGCUACGGAGUUUUGCAAAGGAUUUUCCAGCCACCGUCUCGUCCAGCGCUCUGAGGGGGCUCAUUGGUAGCCUUGCUAAAGAUGGAGAGGAUGUUGACACUGUCAAGGUCGUGCUAGAAACGUUACUUAUGCUCUUCACUCCCAAUGAGGAUAGCCCUGAGGCGUCUGACGAGGUUCUAUUGUGGCUUGCUGAUGAGUUUACCCAGCGCCAGGAAAAUGUCACCUUGCUUCUCGACUUUCUCGAAACGAACGAUUUUUAUUCUCGCCUAUACUCGUUGCAACUUCUGGGAGCAAUCCUCUCUGCUCGAACUGAGCGAACAGAGGAAUGCAUCUUUACUGCGCCGCUAGGAAUCCCCCGCCUGGUCGCUACUCUUGACGAUCAACGUGACGCGAUUCGAAAUGAAGGAAUAACCCUUCUUACGAGCUUGACACCAGCCUCAAUCGACAUACAGAAGCUAGUUGCUUUUGAAAAUGCAUUCGAACGAAUAUUUGCAAUCAUUGCAUCCGAUGGCUCCCUAUCAGAAGGAGGACGAUCUGUGGAGGAUUGUCUCAUUCUGUUGGCAAAUCUACUCCGUCGCAAUGCCUCAAACCAGACCCUGUUUCGUGAAUCUGGAUGUAUGAAGAAAUUAGCGGACCUGCUGCAUAGUGUUUUGCAACCCGGGGACGGAGAGGAUGUGGCGGUUUGGGCGCAAUCGCAAAGAAAUAGAAAUCUGUACGCAUUUUUGGCAAUUCUGCGACUGCUGCUUACACCUGGCUCUGCUGGCGUUUCGCAUAACCAAAAGCUACUCUGGAAGCACGGACUCUGCGCCGACGUUCUUCAUUUGGCAUUCAGUCUAGCUAUUCCGAUGGAGAUUCGAGCUGAGGCUUUAAUCGCAUGUGGCGACAUGAUUCGCGACUCUGCAUCGCUGCAGGAGAGCUUUGCCCAGCUUCGUGUCUCACGGAUGGAGAAGAGCCUCAUCUCAUUGAAUGAAGUUAGCGGCCAUUCAGAAGUAUACGUCAUCGAUGGAUUGCUUGACCUGAUCCUGAACUUGCAAGAUAGCGCAGCUUUCAAUGUCCGAUAUGCGGCUAGCGAGUGCUUGAAGGCUUAUUUCUCUAACCAUCUGAACGUUCGACUACAUUUCCUAGCAAGGGCAAUCGAGGGCUACCUGGCGGGUGGCGAGGAUUUAACCAAUGCAUUGACCGUUUUGCUUGCGCCCUCUGCCGACCGAUCGGCCAGCGACCCGUACCGCCUAUGGUUUUCUGCGGUUAUUACAUUUCACUUGCUGUAUGAUAAUUCUGCCGCAAAAUCGAAAGCCUUGUCUCUUACGGAGGGCGAUGCUGCUGAGGACGAGGAAGUUGUUACCAGCAUCCAGACGGUCACAGCACAUCUGCUGACAGGUCUUCGGCGAGGUGACGAUCCACGAAUAUCUGUCGGCUACUUGAUGCUUCUGACGAUAUGGCUGUUCGAGGAUUUGGAUGCGGUCAAUGACUUCCUAUCCGAAGGAAGCAAUGUCCAAAGCCUUAUCCAAGCAAUCUCGCAGCCUGUUAUGGCAGAGAGUGAAUUGAUUCAGGGGCUUUGUGCUAUGCUUCUAGGUAUCGCUUAUGAAUUUUCUACCAAAGAUUCGCCUGUGCCUAGAACGACGUUGCAUUCUAUCUUGACGACUCGUCUGGAUCGAGAACAAUAUCUUGAUCGACUUCUCAAACUGCGCUCACAUCCGUUGUUGCGAGACUUCGAAACAAUUCCUCAAAGAAGAGAUCCGGCGCUGCUCAGUGGCCAAGCGGACGUCUAUUUUGACUCUGUAUUUGUCAAUUUCUUCAAAGACAACUACAGUCGUAUAGCGAGAGCUAUCGACAGGAGUCCUGAGCUUGAAAUUUCUGUCAUCACUAAUGGUGUACAGAAAGGAAUAUCUAGGGAGCUGGUCGAUUCCUUGCGCGAGCAGAUUCGCGAGAAGGAUAAGGCUAUCGAGGAAGCGAAGAUGGCUGCUGAGUCUCAAGCAUCUCGUCUUGGCCAAGAGCAAGGGGAAUACAGGCGUUUCAAGGAAGAAGCCAACAAAGAACUACAGAAGUUGCGAGAGGAAGCUAAACGAGAGAUGACUAUGGCAAAGGCAGCUCAGGAAGGAAUUCAGAGAUCUCAUGAAGCAGAAAUAAGGAAAUUGCAAAACAUUCAUUCUGCGAAGGAUGUGGAAAGCCAAAAGCAGAUUGCAGCUGCUAAAUCUGUGUCAUCGACGAAAGAAGCAGAAUACGAGAAGAAAAUCACAUCUAUGAAAGCGGCUAUCGCUGCUAAAGAUUCUGCUAUGGAACAGCAAUUAAUUGCUGUCAAAAAAGUCGCCCAAACGGAGGCGGAGCACGCUAAGAGGCGAAACGCUGGAGAAGUUGCUGACCUUCGAGCCACUAUUACUAGCCUACAAGCCUCUUUGCAAAAGGCGAACAAUGAACGAGAGAGAGACCUGCAGAACCAGCAAAGUGAGCUGCAAGCCAAGGCACUCGAGGCUGACGAACUUCGCGAGGAACUCCGCGCCGCUCGCGAGAAGCAGACCACAACGACAAAGGAGCUAGGACAAAGAACCCAGGAACUGGAUAAAAAGCUCGAGGAAGCCAGCUGGCAGAUGGAAGAUGCGCGCAAAGCUAACGCCAAAAUCGAAUCAGCACUGGCAACGAGCAGGAAGGAGAAAGAGAGCGUUCAAUCAGAACUUGACGACCUGCUUAUAGUGUUCGCCGAUUUGGAAGAUCAAGUUGCGAAGCAAAAGAAACGCCUUCGUGAGCUCGGCGAGCCAGUGUCAGACGCGGAGGAAGACGAAAGUGAUGAAGAGAACGGUGUUGACUAG